CUCGUUUCAUGGGUAAAUGGCCUAAAGGUAAUAGAAACUCAAGUUUACCGGUGGAUGGAGAGUUUGAGAAUGUUGAUGAUCCAUAUGGUGAUAGUGAUGAUGAAUUAGCAGCGGAGAAGAUAAGAAAUGGGAAAAAUG